UCAAUUGCCACCAAAAUUUCAGAGCCCACCACCACUUCUUGUAGACCCUUUUUAUAAGCCUUGUCUGUGCUUCAAUCAUGAACCUCAGUUUCUGCAAUAAAAGUCUUCUCUCUGAGAAACACAUUCAUUAAGGCUUUGAGUUCAUCAUCAUAAAGCCAUUGAUUUUCAGCCAUCAUUUAUGGCUCCCUUUUGGUCAUUCUCUGCAGUACUCUUGGCCUUAAUGGCAUUCACUUGUCCCUUGGCCUUGGCUUCUCAACAAAAAAACAUGCAUGUUUCCACCAUCUCAGCAGCACCAACUACUUUACCAGGUUCCCCUCUUUUAUCUCCUACACUUUCACCAGAUAUUGAGCCACUGUUUCCAACACCAGGAAAAGAUGCUUUCUCUCCAUCAGAGUCUUCACUACCAACAAUUCCUUCAAGUCCAAGCCCUCCCAACCCAGAUAUCACUGGUCAUCAAGGGCAUGGUUUGGCUUUUCCACCAUCAGAGUCUAUGCCAGCUCCAGCACCUUCUUCCCAGGGCGCAUCUCUUCCACUGUACUCAAUUUUACAAUUGGUCAUGCUGGUCAUUUGUAUAAUGCAGCUUUAUGGCAUGUGAGUCUACAUGUUGGGGUUACUUUCUGAAAAAGCAUGUUUUUUUUUCAGCAUUAUCUGUUUAGUAUAUAUCAUGUCAUGUGCACAGCAAUGCAUGUUGACGGGUGUUUAUACCAUGUUCGGAUCAGCUUUUAUUUCCGCAAAAUCAAUCAUGACAAGCUGAACCUAGUCACAGAAGGUUCUUUCUAAAAUGAUUUUGACUUUAAAAUCAACUGUAGAAGGAUUUCCAAACAUGCAGUUAGUGCUGCUAGUAGAAUGUUUCAAUAAGACUAGUGAACAUUUAAAGUUUCCAUCUGAUAUUCUGGGUGA